GGAUUAGGUAAUUCCAAUUUGGAUACAAGGGUACUUCUAGGGUGGGGUCUUCUAGCUCGCGUAUCGACAUCUCCAAACAGGCCGGCGAGCGGGACGCGUCUAGUGCAUGUGAUUAUCUUGAGAAGUGCAAAGUCAACAACACUGCGAACAACACAACACGAGCUACUAAUAAAUCAGCUUUGGUUUAACAGUCCAUAUAUCGACACAGUCUGCCUUAUGUACGAAGCCGAAUGCGUUCACCAAACUACUAUAGUCAAUCCACUGCCGGCAAUCGCGCCUCCGACUGAGGAGCUCCCCCCAAGCCAAGGUGAAGCUGGUGUACGACAAGCUUUCAUACAAUAAGCUCUAGGCGUCUUCGGAAUGCGCAAUUGAAGACCAAGCGAAGCGAAUACAAUUUCAGCCCAAUGGAAGCAUCAGCGCCUAAACGGCGCAAAACGUCUCCCACUACGAGCGUGCCUGUAAACGAGUCCAAUGAGCCUUCUUCUUCCGACAGCGCUACACGGCGGUCCUUGCGAUUGAGUCGACCAUCUUUCGCGUCGCCAACCAAAGCAAGCCUUGCGCGGUCCAACCCCGAAAUUCUCCAGAGACGUAGGUCAAGCCAGCCUAACGAAGAGCUGGAAGCCCCAGCAGCCUCAGCACCAGGUAGCCCGACGAGCGACGAUGGUAGUGUCACCGAUCAAGUCACAGCCCAAUUAGAGCAUGAGUCGGAAACAGGGCGAUUGCAACACGAUGAAGGGGUUGAAAAUGAAAGCGCCACCGUGGAACGACAGCCGCAGAGCCCUGUCAGGACGACAGCUGGGAGUUUGUUUAUGAGACCGAGGAGAACGCCUAACAAGCCUUCUCCGAGAGCCUUACCGCCUCCUUCAGCAGAGGAAGAAGAGCUCAUCGACCCGUUUAAGGGAAGAAGGCUGCGGCGAUCACCACCACCGGGUGUGCUCCCCGAGGUCCUGCCUGAAGAGCCCCAACUACCGCCCACACCCACUCAGAAGGGCCUGUCGGACCCUUCGUCCAUCAUCACUUCGCCGCCAGGAAUACACAAUUCACCGUCUAAGCGUCCUAGGAGGAGCAAGGUACUAGCAGCGAAGAUGAUGAGCUCACCCCUAAAACAGCCCCCUCUGCGCCCACCGGAAUUCACCACGGAUGUUGCGGAGGAAUCUGUCUUGUCGCGGCUCACGAAAGAAGGGCUGAGAAGCGAGCCGAGACGCAAACGUGGAAAACGCAAGUCGCACCCUGGACGACAGGUCGAAGAGGCGGAUCCGCUCGCAGAUAAGAAGGCGUUGCGCGACUCUCUUUUGGCUGAGAUCGCGCAAUUGGAAGAUGAUUUGAAAGUCGUUUCUGCCGAAAACGAGAGAUUGUAUACCGCGCAGGGAUCACGCCGGCAUGAAAUAGAUCUUCUUCCGGGUGUAGAAGAGCGGGAUCGCUUACUGGAUGUAUUAAGUCGUCAUGCGCUGCCGCCGGAAAAAGAGGAACCGCCUGAUCCGAUGCAGGACUGGCUUGAGGCCGCGAUGAAUCCGAUCGCGUUUCUCCCGUUCGGUGGCGGUGGGUCGGUCUUGCCUCCCCCCUUGAUAACCCCCGAUAGCACAAAUGACACGGGGGACAAGGAAGCCCCGCUGCCUGUCUCCCAUCAUCCUGUCCCUAUGACGGCAGACGAAGAACUACCUUAUCUCCAGGUCUUCACGCCGCUGACGUUCACUUCGACCACGACUACUGUCCAGCCCGAGGGCAGAGAUGAUCAGCAGCAACCGCUGCAGCAAUAUCACGCUAUAUCCGUAGCGUCCUCGCCGCCCGGUUUAUUCCUCGCCUCGAUCGAUAUGAUCGUGGACACGAAGACGCUGUCUGUAUCGGGGCUCUCUGUGCCGCGUCUCGAUCCCUCUGCUGUCGCCGAGCUGGGACCUUUCAUCCAUAACAUUACUCAUCCCCGCGCGGGCAUCAAUAGUGCUUUAACCAGGAAUAUUGGCGUAGUAUCGUGGGCCAUGGGCGAAUGGGUCCGUAUAGCGACGCGGCGCGCACGGUUCUGGUGCGAUGUCGAACGACAGCUCGGGAGUUCCGAGGCACGCAUGCGCUGCGCGAAGAUGAUGAGAGAAGGUGUUAGGAAGAAAGCUCGUGGUCGUCCUCGGAAAGACGUAGAUGAAGACGAUGAUGAAGGGAGUGGGAGUGGAGAUGAAGGGGAUGGUGGUGGGAGGGAUAAAGAUGGGCCGUCGAAGGCGGAGGUCAUAGCGCGCAUGGGAAGGACGUGUUUUGAUCUGCGUUUGUCGAGUGAUGAUGAUGAUGAUGGUUAUGGGGAGGAAGGGAGUCUCGCGGCGCGGAUCGAGUGGAGGGUUGAGUUCGACUGGACGGGCGAGGCGAGGAGUAAGAUUGGGCUUGCGAUGCGUGCGCCGGCGAAGUGGCGCGCGAGCGAUACAAAGCACAGCUUGGCUGGUCUGUCAGAUAUGUUCGCCAAAUUACUCCGCGACGGACGGGAUCCGCUCGAGGCGCUGAAGAUUGUCGUCGCCCUUGUCGUCGGCGAUGGAGGCUUGUAAGGGGUUGGAUAGGAGUAUUCAAGGUGUACGGAGAUGGUGUGCUUUGUUCGGUAGGCAUUGUUAUGUGUAUACCCAUGGCUUGCUUGUUUAGGGUGUUCAGUGUGGGAUAUGAGAUGAGUGUAUGAACAUGAGCAUGAAUAUUGCAUUGCGUAUUGGGGUGGAGGUUAGUUUGGUUUGGUCGAAGCGAGAAUAAAAUAGGACUGUAUGUCCGUGGUUAGAACUGGCGAUUACGUGUAUACACAUACAUACUUAUUGAUGCCGUGUGAAAAGUCAUUGCUUUAUUCCGGGGAGCUUAUAU